AUGGCGUCAAUUCGCAAGAUUGUGGCAGCAAUUGCUGUCUCAACCUCCGUUGUCCAUGGCCUCUUCAUCAAUGGCUCCGUCAUAGCUCCCUGUGACUCGCCAUUGUACUGCCAAGGCGAUGUUCUCAAGGGCAUUGAGCUCGCCCAUCCUUUCUCCGACUCCAAGACCUUUGUGGACAUGCCUACACGCCGUCCUCUAGAGGAGGUCCUCGCCGCGUAUGAGAAGCUUACUAAGCCGGUUACCAACAGCACGGAGCUGCAAGACUUUCUGUCUACAUAUUUCCUCCCGGCGGGCGGAGAGCUCGAUGAGGUUCCGGUGGACCAAUUGGAGACUGAUCCAGUCUUUAUUGACAAGCUGAACGACACCGUCAUCAAGGAAUUCGUUGAGAAGGUCAUUGGUAUCUGGCCCGAUCUUACGAGGAAAUUCUCCGGUUCAGGAAACUGCGCCGAUUGCGCAAACAGCUUCAUUGCUGUCAAUCGCACAUUUGUUGUUGCCGGAGGCCGAUUUAGAGAAUGGUAUUAUUGGGACAGUUUCUGGAUCCUCGAGGGUCUGCUACGAACCGGAGGCUCUUUCAUCGAGAUUACGAAGAACAUGAUUGAGAACUUCCUGGACGUCGUUGAGCAAAUCGGAUUCAUUCCCAAUGGUGGCCGAGUCUACUACCUCAAUCGAUCCCAGCCUCCCCUACUUUCGCAAAUGGUCCGAAACUACAUUGAGCAUACCAAUGAUACCAGCAUUUUGGAACGCGCAGUGCCACUGUUGAUCAAAGAGCAUGACUUCUGGGUUAAGAAUAGAAGCAUAGAGGUCACAGCCCAGAACGGGAAGACUUAUACAUUGAAUAAAUACGGGGUUCAGAAUAAUCAGCCACGGCCCGAGUCGUUCAGAGAAGACUAUAUCACCGCGAACAACCACUCUUACUAUGCGACAUCCGGUAUUAUUUACCCCGAAGUCAAGGCCCUCAAUGAGACCGAGAAAGAAGCUAUAUAUAAAGAGCUUGCAACGGGUGCCGAGUCUGGCUGGGAUUAUGGAACUCGCUUCCUUGCCCGGCCUAAUGAUGCCGCCAAGGAUGUUUACUUCCCCCUGAGAUCCUUAAACGUCUCUGGCAUGGUGACAGUAGACCUCAACUCCAUCCUAUAUUGGAACGAAAAGACGAUUUCCAACUUUCUCAACCAAAGCGGAAACAGCACGGCUGCGGACGAAUGGGCAUCGAAAGCGGAAGACAGGAGUGAGGCCAUGUACCAAGUCAUGUGGAAUGCAACACUCUGGAGCUACUUCGAUUACAACCUGACCUCCAAUUCUCAGUAUAUUUAUAUUCCAGCAGACGACGAUGCCAAAGGUAUUGAUGAUUCCACAGCUCCAGAAGAUGAGCAGGUGUUGUUCGAUGUCGCACAGCUCUAUCCAUUCUGGACUGGCGCUGCCCCUGACCAGCUCAAGAACAACCCUCUGGCCGUCAAACUGGCAUAUUCUCGUGUCGCCAAGUAUCUAGAUGUCAAAAAGGGUGCUAUUCCAGCAACAAAUUUCAAUACCGGUCAGCAAUGGGACCAGCCGAACGUCUGGCCGCCUUUGAUGCACGUCUUAAUGAACGGUCUACUAAACACGCCAGCGACAUUUGGAGAGGAUGAUCCCGCGUAUGUUGAUGUCCAAGAUCUCGCGUUGCGCCUUGGACAGCGUUAUCUGGAUUCAACCUUCUGCACAUGGUACGCUACUGGCGGUUCAACAUCCGAUACGCCUCAGCUACAGGGCGCAACUCCUGGUUCUAAUGGAACAAUGUUUGAGAAGUACGGAGACAAUGCUACGAAUGUAGCUGGUGGCGGCGGCGAGUAUGAGGUGGUUGAAGGCUUCGGAUGGACGAACGGCGUGCUGCUAUGGACAGCAGAUACGUUUGGCGAUAAGUUGACGAGGCCUAAUUGUGGCAAUAUCACUGCAGCGCAUGUGGACCCAGGCACAAAGAGGAGUCUGGAUAGGCGAGCCGUUGAGCUUCAUCCAUUCGAUGCGAUGUUCACGAAGAGGUUCGGGUCGCGAGCGAUUAUAUGA